UCACAAAACCAGACACCGAGCAUCGGAAAGCCCAAUACCCGAUGGCGGAGGCACGACGGUUGAGAGGUCACAAGGCCACCGCCACCUGCUGCAUCGCCUCCCGCGACCGCCCUGGCCUCGUCGCCACUUCCGGCGAGGAUGGUUGCAUUUGCUGGUUUGAUAUGCGAUGCAAAGAUGUGGUGCUUACAAUGGAUUUGGGAGUGAAUCCAAUUUCAUCUUUGUGUUUCAAGCCAGGGAAUGAAGAUAUCAUUUAUGUCUCCUCAGGAUCGGAAGUCAAGUGUUUCGAUGUGCAUUUGGCUGAUGCAUGGAAGCCAUUGGAGAGUUACAACUACAAUAAAGAGGAGAUAAAUCAGAUUGCAUGCAAUUCUAAGUCAUCUUUUCUUGCAUCUGCAGAUGAUGAUGGUGAUGUCAAGAUAAUUGACAUUCGCCAGAAAUGCCUAUUUAAAACAUUAAGAUCUGGACAUACAAGUAUUUGUAGCAGCGUGAAAUUCCUUCCUUGGAGACCUUGGGAAGUCAUUACUGGUGGUCUUGAUUCAAAGCUUGUAAUGUGGGACUUCUCCAAGGGACGGCCAUACAAAAUUGUGGACUUUGGAAUGCCUGACAUGGAAAAUAGUAGUAGCGCAGGACAAUGUCUGAAUCCUGCUUUUGUUCAUGCAAUAGCAGUUCCUGAAGUUGAUAUGUUGGAGAAAUCAGGCAAAAUAUGUGUUGUAGCUAGGGGUGAUGGUGUUGUAGAUGUGAUCAAUAUUGAAUCAGAACUUGCUGCUGCUCAGUCAAAAACUUCCUCGAAACCGCAGAGAGGAUCAAAAUCAAGAUCAAAAUCAAAAGGCAGUGUCUCAACUGUUGCAGAAACUCUAAAUCAAAAUGGAAGGAGGAGGUUGCAUUUGGAUUACAGUUUGGGAGGCCAUACUGCUUCUGUGUCUUGUGUGGCAUUUGCGUUGUUUGGCGAGAGAGGGAAGUCUAUAAUUUCAGGUGGGAAUGAUAAAACAGUGAAGGUCUGGGAUUGUUCCAGAUACCUUGAUGCUGGGCAACCUAGCAGCAGCAAUGAUGUUCUGCAUUUGAACAUCAAUUUGAGCAAGAAAGUCAAUUGGCUCUGCACAACUCCAGCUGAUUCAGAAAACCUUGUCGUAUGUGACACAACCAAAGUAGUAAAGGUUCAUACCUUUAUGUCUGAUCACAGAUUGUAUAUUGAGAAGAUUUAUGGAAGAGCGGGAGUUUCUCAGGAGAGGGGAAGUGAUAUCAAAAUGAUGCAAUCUGGGGUUCCACCCUGCACCACCUGUGGUGAACCUGUGGGGUUUGAUUCAAAUGGGGAGGUGUUUGUGGCAUGUCAUGAGUGCAAUUUCCCUGUUUGCAAGUCUUGUUUGGACUAUGAAAUCAAGGAAGGGCGCAAGGUCUGCUUGCGCUGUAGCACUCCCUAUGAUGAGAGCUCAACAAUGGCUGAUGUUGAAACAAAUCAAUCCAGCAACCAUUCCACCAUGGCUGCGCACCUCAAUGAUGCUCAGGAUGUUGGAAUGCAUACUAGACAUGUCAGUACUGUGUCGACAGUGGAUAGUGAACUAAAUGAUGAUUCUGGGAAUCCAAUAUGGAAGAAUAGGGUGGAGAGUUGGAAGGACAAAAAGAGCAAGAAGAAAAAGGCUACCAGUAAGGCUAAACAUGAAGCUGAAAUUCCACCUGAGCAGCAAAUGGAAGAAAAGCAGUCUGCAGAUGCUGCACAGCCACUUUCGACAGUAGUUCCACUUCCACGUAACAAGCUCACACCAUACAGAGGUGUGAUUAUUAUGCGAUUGAUCAUUCUGGCGCUUUUCUUCCAUUAUAGAAUAACAAAUCCUGUUGAUAGUGCUUAUGGUCUGUGGCUCACAUCUAUUAUUUGUGAGAUCUGGUUUGCUGUUUCUUGGGUGUUGGAUCAGUUCCCUAAAUGGACUCCCAUUAACAGGGAGACAUUUAUUGACAGGCUAUCUGCAAGGUAUGAAAGAGAGGGCGAACCCUCAGAGCUUGCUGCUGUGGACUUCUUUGUGAGUACAGUGGAUCCACUGAAAGAACCGCCAUUGAUCACUGCCAAUACUGUCCUUUCAAUCCUUGCUGUGGACUACCCUGUUGACAAAGUCUCCUGCUAUGUGUCUGAUGAUGGCUCUGCCAUGCUUUCAUUUGAAUCUCUUGUUGAAACAGCUGAUUUUGCAAGGAAGUGGGUUCCAUUCUGUAAAAAGUUUUCAAUUGAACCACGCGCACCUGAGUUUUACUUCUCACAGAAAAUUGACUACCUGAAGGAUAAAAUCCAACCUUCUUUUGUGAAAGAACGUAGAGCAAUGAAAAGAGAUUACGAAGAGUUCAAAGUGCGGGUAAAUGCAUUAGUGGCAAAGGCUCAGAAAACACCAGAGGAGGGCUGGACUAUGCAAGAUGGAACAGCUUGGCCUGGAAAUAAUCCACGUGACCACCCUGGCAUGAUUCAGGUUUUUCUUGGACAUAGUGGUGCUCAUGAUAUAGAGGGAAAUGAACUUCCUCGGCUUGUGUAUGUCUCAAGAGAGAAGAGGCCUGGCUACCAACACCACAAAAAGGCUGGUGCUGAAAAUGCUCUGGUGAGGGUAUCUGCAGUGCUCACAAAUGCUCCCUUCAUUCUUAACCUUGAUUGUGAUCACUAUGUAAACAACAGCAAGGCAGUUCGUGAGGCAAUGUGUUUCUUGAUGGACCCACUAGUUGGACAAGAUGUAUGCUAUGUCCAGUUCCCUCAGAGGUUCGAUGGCAUUGAUCGCAGUGAUCGAUAUGCCAAUCGCAACACGGUCUUCUUUGAUGUGAAUAUGAAAGGACUGGAUGGCAUUCAAGGACCAGUUUAUGUGGGAACAGGUUGUGUUUUCAAUAGGCAAGCACUCUAUGGCUAUGGCCCUCCAAAUCUGCCCAAUUUACCAAAGGCUUCUUCAUCAUCAUCAUCAUGCUCAUGGUGUGGCUGUUGUUCCUGUUGCUGCCCCUCCAAGAAGCCCUCUAAAGAUCUCUCAGAGGUUUAUCGAGACUCCAAGAGGGACGAUCUAAAUGCAGCCAUCUUUAACCUCAAGGAGAUUGAUAAUUAUGACGAGCAUGAGAGGUCACUGCUUAUCUCCCAGAUGAGCUUUGAGAAGACUUUUGGCUUAUCUUCUGUGUUCAUCGAGUCAACACUAAUGGAGAAUGGAGGAGUGCCUGAAUCCGCCAACUCGCCUAUACUGAUCAAGGAAGCAAUUCACGUCAUUAGCUGUGGUUAUGAAGAGAAGACAGAGUGGGGAAAAGAGAUUGGCUGGAUAUAUGGGUCGGUCACUGAGGAUAUCUUAACGGGUUUCAAGAUGCAUUGCCGAGGAUGGAGAUCACUUUACUGUAUGCCCUUAAGGCCUGCAUUUAAAGGAUCAGCACCCAUCAAUCUGUCUGAUCGUCUUCACCAGGUUCUCCGAUGGGCCCUCGGAUCUGUGGAGAUUUUCCUGAGUAGACACUGCCCUCUCUGGUAUGGGUUUGGAGGAGGCCGCCUCAAAUGGCUCCAAAGGAUGGCAUACAUAAACACCAUUGUUUACCCAUUUACAUCUCUCCCUCUCAUAGCAUACUGCUCCCUCCCUGCUAUAUGCCUUCUCACAGGGAAAUUUAUCAUACCAACGCUUUCAAACCUAGCAAGCGUCUGGUUUCUUGGCCUCUUCAUCUCCAUCAUUUUGACCAGUGUGCUUGAGCUUCGGUGGAGUGGUGUAAGCAUAGAAGACUUGUGGCGUAAUGAGCAGUUUUGGGUCAUUGGAGGUGUCUCAGCCCACCUCUUCGCCGUCUUCCAAGGAUUUCUGAAGAUGGUAGCUGGCCUUGACACCAACUUCACUGUGACUGCAAAAGCUGCAGAUGAUGGAGAGUUCGGUGAGCUCUACAUGAUCAAGUGGACAACACUUCUCAUCCCUCCAACAACCCUUCUCAUUAUCAACUUGGUGGGUGUUGUUGCUGGAUUUUCCGACGCUCUGAACAGCGGGUAUGAAGCCUGGGGGCCACUCUUCGGCAAGGUAUUCUUUGCCUUCUGGGUGAUUCUCCACCUCUACCCAUUCCUCAAAGGUCUCAUGGGUCGGCAGAACCGGACGCCCACCAUUGUUGUCCUAUGGUCAGUGCUGCUGGCCUCUGUCUUCUCCCUCGUUUGGGUGAAGAUAAAUCCUUUCGUGCAAAAAGUCGAUAAUUCAACCAUCGCCCAGAGCUGCAUUUCCAUUGAUUGUUAAACUACAAUAAAACGCUGGAGUUUUGGAUUAAGUAGGAGUCAGAGUCAGUUCCUUACUGAACUAUAAGCCGUUUUCAAGCGAGUUUUUUUUUUCUCUUCUUCACAAUUUGUAUUGAUCUUUCCUUGGGCGUUGAACAAUCAGUUUGUAAAGCUUAAACAACUGCUUUUUGGCUCAA